CCACGCCUCAGAGCUUUUCACACAAGACCGCUCUGACAGGUCUGCAGCAAUGAGCUAAAGUCUAAAGUCAUCACAAAUGGAUUCCAGUCUAUCCGGUCUGUCUUCACUCAAAGAUGACAGCCCUCCUCUGUACAUCCCGCCCCAUUAUAAAGAAGCCUACCGAUUGGCUAUCUACGCCCUCCUGUGUGGGGGUACAGAGGCCUAUGAGGAGUUCUUACGAGCGGAGCAAAUCAACCACUUCCUAUCCGAACAGGAAAUAGCUUUUAUUUUGGAAAAUGCGGAACUUCCUCUGAUUGAGGAGGAGGGGGAUGUUAAAGGAGUGGCCCCGGAGGAGAAUGGGGUGUCCACGUACUUCCCCACAGAGUCCGAUGAAGUGGUGCCAGACCUGGAUUUGGGAUGGCCUGAGAUCUCACUAGAAGAGACAGACACGAGUAUAAGUGUACUUUUCAACCCACCCAGACAAGACACGCCCAGUAUCAAGGAAGUGGUGCGCAAACAGAUACAAGAGGCCAGGCAGCUGAUCGCGUUGUCGAUGGACGUCUUCACUGAUGUGGACAUAUUUAAGGAGCUCAUUUGCGCCGCUCUGAGGGGGGUGGUGGUAUACCUUCUUUUGGACCAAACCAACUUCAGCAGCUUCCUGAACAUGUCCCAGAAACUCGGGGUCAGCCUCAGCGAGAUCAAGACCAUUCGAGUGCGAACAGUGCAGGGGCUGCAGUACCAGUGUCAGUCCUCUAUGAAGUUUAAUGGUGCUCUGGAACAGAAGUUUAUACUCAUUGACUGCAGAACUGUGCUCUACGGGACUUACAGCUACACAUGGACUUUUGAGAAGCUGAACUUGAGCAUGGUCCUGGUCAUCACCGGUCAGCUAGUCUCUUCUUACGACGAGGAGUUCAGACGCCUCUACGCCCGCUCCACUGUCCCACCGCUCCUGUCCCAUGAAAAACUGCACCCAGCCCACUACCUGCACAGCCCCUCCUCCAGCCAGCUCUCUCUGCAUCAACUCCACAUGAAAAACAAAGCUAUCAACGGCUUUGCAAACAAUAACAACAUGCUAACAAGAGGUGUUAGCAUGCAAGACAGGCUGCACCACUUCCCGGAAAUGGGUAAUCUUGUAAGGGGACACAGCUACGGAGGAGAUCUUCAAAAGUUUAACUCAAUGACACGCUUAAGAAUGGGGACUAAAGAUAUCGGACAAGAAAGAUAUGGAAAUACAUUGAGAUCAAAUGAGUUACAAAACAGACAACAUUUAAGGCACCAAUCACGAUAUGGCGCGGACCAUAAUUUAAUUCCUUUCAAUUCAGAAACAUCCCUAAACAAGUGGAAAAUGGAUGCGUACUUGAAUGGACCUCUAGAUGCAUCAUACGAAGCUCUGUCACCACUCGGGUCACCUUAUAGCAGUUACAAUGGGUUAAAUGAACCGCAACCCCAAGGUGUCCACUUAAGAUCGAAAGACAUUAGGCAAAGAAUGGAAGAAUUACGUCAAAAGAGGUUGAGCCUGCAAGAAUACGCUAAUUUACAGCAAAGUCAGGAGUCGUUAAGGAACAUGUAUUUAACGCAAGAAAGACCAAAACCGAAGCAUGUGUCAAGGGGCAUGGAGUUACGGCAAAGUGCAGCAGAGUUGGAGGCUCUAGCACACCAAAGUGAUCACAAAAAAGAAGGUGACCGGGUUCUUCCAGAUGGAAAAAGAUCUAUAUCGCAAAAUGAUUUUAAAAGUAUGGCAGAGAGAAAGAUGUUGACGUACGAUUGGCAUGAGGCUAUGUCAAGAUCAGCCACGGAUCUAGAUGUGAAAUUAAAUGAUUCAAUUGGAAAGUUAGGGCUAGGUCCGAAACACCAAAGACACAUGGAAUCAUUGACGGAAAUCCCAGAAGAGAAAGAAGGAGUUAGUCGUGUUAAUAGUUCAGAUUUGGCACCACAAAAUGAGGAACAGACUAAAAAAGAAGAAAAAGUUGUAAGUUUUCAAGAGAGAAAAGAUGUAGUGCAAGACAGAAAAGAUGUAGUGAAAGAACGAAAGGGGUCUGCAGGCAAAAUGGCGGAUGCUUUGAAUUCUGGAGUAGCAAAAGAAAGCAAGAAAUUGGUGCAGAAGGAAGUAGAGAAUGGACCAAAGAAAACAACUCCAGAAUCCAAAUCAAAAGGUGAAGCAAAGCAGCAAGACACAUCAAGUUUACAAAGAAAAACAUCUAUUAAGUCCAAAGGCUCUUCAACAGAUGACAAGAAACCAGGAAAGAAAGAUUCAUUGCCGAGAAAAUCCUCGUUGAAGUUGCAAAAAAUGUCCGGAUCAAACUUAUCACUGAGAACAGAAAGUUCAGUGGGGUCUACGAUCGGAAAGCAAGAUCAAACGCCUAAAAAGUCUCCAAAAUCAGCAACAUCGCCUAUGGAAGAGAAAACAAAAUCACCAUUCAGUCGAUUAUCUCCUCAACGUUUAAGCAAAAGAAAAACUGAUAGUGAGAAAGGGUCUCGAAAUGCUCUGAACGAUGAAGCAACAACGUCAUAUGAGGCCAGAAAGGAGAAGGCGUACAGUCGAUAUGAGUAUUUGCUUGAGCGAGAAGACAGUAGUUCAAGAAGAGUUUUAAGCACAGACAGUGAAAGGAGCGCAACACUGAACAGGAGGAGUGAUGGCAGUCCUCACACACACGGACAGACUCAAAAUGCAGGGGAAAAUAACAAGAUUGGACGUUUCAUGCAAAAAAUGGGUAAUUUUAUUGGGAACAAAAGCAAGUGAAAUGAAAUGUGUUUUUCUUUUCUCAAGAACUCAAGAAAAUAGAGGAGGUUGUUUACCAGCACUGUGAUUGGACUGUUUUUACUUUAGAUGACCCUUCUGUUGCAAUCAUCCACCCAGUGUUUUUCCUAGAUAAAUAAAACAACUGACUAGCCCCUGGUUUGUGAGCAAAUACCCAACCCACUGUGCCACUGACAUUUAGCUAUAUUGAAUUCUUUUGCUUGAUGCUUCAGCAGUGAUGCCCAACCAGCCGAUCUUCAAGGCAGUGGAAGUCAACCCUAAAGUCCUAUCGAUUUAUAUACUUAGUAUAUUGUCUGCCGUAAAAGAGACAGUGUAGAAAUGCACUGAACAACGGUCACAUCCAGGGCCGCGGGAAGCAGGGGUGCUGUAGCAACCCCUAGUGGCAAGAGGAAGAUUUUUUUUUUUAUGUAUUAAAAUAUUUUGCACAAUUUAUAAAUUCCUUAUGAAUAUUUUAGGAAGUGAUUUUGACACAUGUAGUUUAUUAUGUAUAUUUAGUUUAAUUAUGU